UCAGAAAAGGAAUUUCGAGUCUCCUCAGUGUACUCUGGCCAUCACCUAUCUCGUCGCCGACCGUAACUGGGCCUUUGAACCUUGGUCUGCACUAUUUAAUCACGCUUCAAAACAGCGCAUUCAAUAUAUGGCUGUGUGUAAUAUUGCAACACCACCAUCCCAAGGGCUCACUCGUAAGGAAGGGAUCAAAACACGAUCCCCUCUGGUCAAGCACCAUCUUGCAGGCCAGGAGGCUAAAGUAAGGACGACACAGGGUAGAGCUCUACUUGCAGACUAUAUGACGCUUAUUGCAAGCCUUGAUUUCGGGAGGAAGAUUGUUGUAAAGAAACUUUUGGCAGGGUCCAAGCGCUCCUUGUUGAUGAUGCGAACAUUGGUGCAAUUACAAAGACAGCUGCUUAAACAUGGUGAGAAUCUAGUAGAUAAUAUUAGCUGUCGGGCCUGCGAGGGGUCCAGAAACACACGACAUCCAGAUUCGGGUUUUAUACAACCUGUGAAAAAAAAUUCAGGUCUUCACUAUGUAACAAGGCUCGAAUCCCUUUCUGACGCACCGGAAGAGCUCCCUCACGAGAUCUCGGAAAUCUAUAC